AUGUUUUUUUUAUUUUCUGAUGUUUUACUUUAUUGUGCGCGUAGUUCUAGUCCAGUACUUAAAUUUAAAUUACAUGGAGAACUUCCAUUAAAAACAAUGACAGUUGAAAAUACUGAUGAACGUAUUCAAAUUCCGAAUUCGAUCACUAUCUAUGCUGGUAAUCGAUCAUUACUUGUAGCAGCAAGUUCGGAACCUGAAAAGAAUAAAUGGUUUCAUGAUUUAAAAUCAGCUAUUGAAAAUGUUAAAAUCAAUAUUGACGAUCAUAAACAUCAAUAUACAUCUACGAUAAAAUCCAAUGCAUCAUCUGAAAAUCUUGAACAUUCUAUAGUUGGUGCACUUGACGAAGAUGAUCCUAAUCAACUUGAUCGUUCAAGUUUUCAACAUCGUGCUAAUACAACAAUGCAUGUAUGUUGGCAUCGGAAUUUAUCUGUAUCAAUAAAUGAUCAUCGACAAUCAAUUAAAAAUCAAUUAAGUGGUUAUUUAUUACGUAAAUUUAAAAAUUCCAAUGGUUGGCAAAAAUUAUGGGUUGUUUUUACGAAUUUUUGUUUAUUCUUCUAUAAAACUUAUCAAGAUGAUUCUCCAUUGGCAUCAUUACCAUUACUUGGCUAUCGUAGUUCAUUACCAUCAGAAUCUGAUAGUGUUAAUAAAGAUUUUGUAUUUAAAUUACAAUUUAAAAAUCAUGUUUAUUUUUUUCGAGCCGAAAGUCAAUAUGCUUUUGAUCGAUGGAUGGAAGUUGUUUCAAGUGCAACAACAGCAGCAACUAGUCAAUUGAUUUAG